AUGCUUACCAAGACUCUUCUUUCGCUGGCGCUGGUCGCCCCCAUCCUGGCACUGCCAGCGCCAGAGCCAGGAAUGGUCAUCUCGGACACCACCAAGCAGAAGGCGACAUCGCUCUGCGGCGUCUCCGACAGUGUUGUGCUGACCGACACACCCUGGAUUGUCUUCAACAUGAUGUACAACCAGGCCCUUACCGUCGGCAAGCAGUGCACCAACUACGACCGCGUGACCACAGGCUCCGAUGGAAACAAGAAGAUCAGCUGGAGCGCCGUAUCCACCAUUGACUAUGUCAAGGCAACCGACAACAUCCCCAAGGGCUACUCUUUCGUUGGCCUGACCCAGAACCUCGAGACCAAGCUCUCAGCCAUCAAAUCCAUCCCCACCACCUACGACUGGACCCGCACCAACACCACCGCCUACAAGGGCAACAUCUGCUUCGACUUCAUGACCUCGGACACCAAGGGCGACUCGACCUCCUCCAACGCCCAGGAACUCAUGCUGUGGCUCGAGUACACCGGCGGCCAGCUGCCGAUCGGGUGGGUCGCGGGCCCGAAGGCGACAAUCCCCAGCCUGUUCGGCACAAGCUGGAAGCUGUACCAGGGCAAGAACGAGGACACAGGCAUCACUGUGAGCAGUCUGUUGCCCGAUAAGCAGUUCACGGGCACGUUCAAGGGCGACAUCAAGGAGUGGUUGAAUGCGCUUGUGAAGGUCGGCGUGUUCAAGGAUAGCACGUAUGUCAACGUUGGAAAUGCGGGUACAGAGCCUUUCUACGGCAAGGCCACUGUCAAGGCUACUCUGGGACUGCAGAUUAACUUGUAG